UCUUUCCUUUGUCUCUCCCUGCUUCACUUUCACUUACAGCACCACCGCCGCCAACUACAGCUGAAAAAAAAGGGUUGCAAAUUGAAUAACGGGUUUCCGUGGGAUGAUUCCGGUGGUGGAAGAAGGAACCCUCAGACAAUUAAGAACGGCAUUAUAAUAUUUCCUCGCAAGAUCAACUGCAAGAUAUCCGAUCAUCUACAAAGACCUACACUCCAGGGUAUAGCUCUCAUAGCUAGUUCUGGAUUCUUCAAAGCAAUCAAAGCAGAAGAAGAUGAGGAAGGCAGAUGAGUGGCGUUACAGCUUGAUUUGUAGUUCACUUGGCUAGGAGACUGCAACAGACUUAUCUAUUAUUCUCAAGGAAACUCGGUACAAUUAAAUGGCAAAUGAAGAACUACUUAAGUGAGAUGAAGAUCAUGUUAGCAUCAACAACAAAGUCUACAGUUUUAGGUUUUAAUUACAUCAAUAGGAAAUGUGAUAGGGUGUCCAACAAGCUAGCAAAACAACUUCUGGAUUCUUGACAGCAACCAGCGCAGAAGAAGCAGAAGCUCUAGCGAUGAGGAAGGCAGCUGCCUGGACUUUACAUCUUGAUUAACAGUUCUUUUGGAUAGAAGGAGACUGCAACAGACUUAUUUAUUAUGCUCAAGGGAAACUCAGCACAAUUGGAUUUAUCUAUUCUGCUUUUUUGGGUUUUAAUUACAUCAACAGGGUGUCUGACAAGCUAGCAGAAUCAGCAAGUCAGAAUCACGAAUGGCAUGUUACAUAGAUAAUUUUGAUGAUGGCAAUGAUGAUAAUGACGGUAAUAGCUUGUAUUUGCAAGGUGGCACACCAGGUAUCGUCCAUGUGACGUCUGCAGGACAACCAAGGGUAGGACAGGAGCUUGCACGGCAGCAACACUUGCAACGCCUUACAAACCUGGAUUCACCUAUCGCGCACUUGUCGUUAACCACGGAAGCACCUAAAUCUGCACAUUCUUCCUUGCACCAAUUUGUACAGUCGGCACAAUUUGAGGUGAUAAGUGUAGUUUCUGAUUCAGUGUCCCCGUCUUGGCACUCACCGCCCGAAGGAGUUGGAGUUGGAGUCGGAGGAGGGGGAGAUGGUGGUGGUGGAGGAGGAGAUGGGGGUUUCGCACAACAACAUUGGCAAAACACCGAAGGCGCCUCAUUAUAUCGUCUACGAGGAGUGCAGGCUUUGUUAACCUGUUUAGUACCCAUCCCUGAACAUACACCUGCACAGUAGAAUGUACAGAUACUGCAAUCUAGCGUUGGACUCCAUGUCUCACUAUUAUAUAUGUCGUUCGGGCCGCAUAUGUUGGUAUCCUGAGGAGAUGCAACUUGCUCUACUGCAAUAAACACAAAAUAUUCAGCCACACCGGAUUGGAAAAUAUUAGUAACAAAAUCACCUCAGGGUGAUACUUACAGGAAGGCGAAAUAGCGGCAACAACGACGUCACUGUUCUGUUCCGUAGACGCAUAGACAAGAACAAUGCAGAGCAGGAGAAAUACAGCAUUGACAACCAGAAUAGAUAAAAGCUUAGCCAUUUUAUGGCUGAAUUUCUCUCAGAAUACAGUAUAGUGGAAUAGCUGUUGAUACUGAUGCAGUUGUGUGCAUAGGCCCUGCUUAAAUAGAUUUUUGAGGUAGGCUCCAGCCUCCAGCCCUGAAACAGAUAACGGUGGAUAUGGUGUGUGGGAUUUAUUUAUUGCAUCGUAUAUAUGCGGUGGCAGGGAAAAGUCACGCUCGUACAAUCAAUUAUUCGCCUUUAAUAAUUCCAGCAACAAAGUGUCGUCAUUUUCUUUUUCGCA